CUCCUUCCAUGAAGCAAACAUGGCGGCUGCCAUGGAGCUGAGAUGCUGGGGAGGAGACUGGGGUUUGCCUUCUGUCCACACCGAGUCUCUUAUAGUCCUGGCAUACGCCAAGUUUUCAGGGGCAAAAGUCACAGUUUCUCCGAUAGACUGGACAUGGAAGACUCUAACAGCGACAGUCCCAGAGUUGCUGUGUGGAGAUGUUGCAGUUCAACAACCAUCUCAAAUUCUCAAUUUCCUGAGGAAACAGAGGUUUAAUGCAGACUAUGAGCUGUCAGCCAGACAAGGAGCCGACACCAUGGCUUACAUCGCUCUGCUGGAGGAGAAACUACGACCAGCUCUGAUGCACACUUUCUGGGUGGAUGCAGAAAACUACGUCAAUCUGACACGGCCGUGGUUUGCUUCACGCUCACCCUUCCCUCUCAACUUCAUCGUCCCGGGUCGCCUUGCCAGCACCGCCCUGUCCCGCAUCCUGCUAACCAAAGGAGAGGCGCCACUACACCGAAUCACUGAAGUGGAGGGGAAGCUCUACAGUGAUGCUAAAGAGUGCCUGAAUCUCCUCUCAUACAGACUGGGAACUGCAAGCUACUUCUUUGGCAACUCGCCAACCAGUCUGGAUGCCUUUGUGUUUGGCUUUUUGUCUCCACUUUACAAAGCGGGUCUCCCCAGCAGCCCGCUGCAGAGCCACCUCCAGCAGCUGCACAACCUCACAAGCUUCUGUGACAACAUCCUCGCUCUCUACUUCAACGCCGACCGUCCAUGUCCUCCCCCACCUGUUCAGGAAACAAUGGAUGCCAACCUCCAGAAACUAACUCAGCUUGUAAACAAAGAGUCCAACUUGAUAGAGAAGAUGGAUGACAACCUCCGCAGCAGCCCUCAGCACAAACCCCACAGAGUAGACCCCAAACCCAGCCUGGCCAGCGAGAAGAGCUCCACUCCUGCGUGACCCCCGACCUCUCCACCCUGAUCCAGCCGAAAGAAAGGAAAGGUGCAGCUCUGAAUCCGACCCAACAUCCUAAAAUCCCCCAAAAAUAUCCUCCAGCUGAACUUUAGUUUGAAUGGAAAAAAACCUAAUAAUGGAGUUAUGACUAUGAUUAUAAAAGAGACUAUUUAACAGAGACCUAAUGAUGAUAGAUUUCAAACAUGCUGGUCUGAGAGAGAAGGAAAAGUGCAUGUGUGAGGUUUUUAAAAAGGUUAAGCGCAUGUAUGUGGUUAUGGAUGGAAUGCUAAGAAGUGGUGUUUAAUGAGAAAGACACAGAAAGUCUAAAUGAAAAGUCCAGCAGGGAAGAGGUGGCCCUGUUUGACCUGAGAGUGGACCACUUAAAGGAGCAGUGUAGGAGUUAGUGGCAUCUAUCAGUUAGAAGUUAUAUUUAUACAUAACAUAUUCCAUUACUGCCAAUAAGGCCACGUUUUUUAGUGCGGCGCUACUCCAUUCUUCUCCAAUGUGUAGGGUAUCCAAAAACUGUAGCCUGGGUGAUAAGCUAAGGUACGCUCCUUGAUACUGCCGUGUAAAUGGGAGACUUGCUGAAUCAUUUCAACUGCAACAAAACCGAAGAAAGUCUGCAUUCCUUGGUGUACAGUUUAGUUUUGCCGGCUGCCAUUUAUUCAAAAAACCUUGGUGUACAGUAGUUAAAGAAAAGCAAAUGUGAUCGCUAUUGAUAAAGGAAACGCCAUAAAUCCCCUUCAUUCCACAUAAUGGCCCUGGAACCUCUUCUUCCUUUUGAUUCCUGUAGGAAGUAUAUAUUUUCUCUACAACCCUUUAUAUUUAACAUAUUGAAAGGUAUAUUAUGCCGUUUUCCCCCCAAAAAACGAUGCUUAGACUCCCUUUCAAUCACCACUAAUGACUCGAAUGGUGUGUGGAGAUUUAUCAGCAGAGACCCUGCCCCCCCUAGAGUAUUUUCUCCUUGUGUUUUCUGUGUCCAGGUUGUUUCUAAGGGUCAUGGUGGACACAGCCAACAUCCCUAAGUGGACCAAGCUCAUUCCAGUCUGAGGUUGGCUUUGAGCUUGCUGUAUGUGACGCAACAUGUGGUUCACUGUGUGGUCUCCCACUUCUGGUGUAUAUGAGCCUGGGGGGAGGGGGGGAGAAGGGGACAUCUGCGCUUUUACAAACGGCAAGCAACAAUUCCUGCAUAGUAUGCCUUUCAA